CGCCUGCACACAGCGGCUCGGAGGGAGGAGGAAAGCCACUCGUCUCAGACCAGCCUCGGGAGCCAAGCCAGAUCUGCCAGUGAGCCUCAGGCUUUGUGAACUGAAGAGCUUGCUGUGAUUUUGAGGAAGGCAUAUGGUGUUGCACUUGGCAGAGAAACCUGACAAAAAGAAGGGGAGAAAAGUGUGUCUGAAAAACCCACCCAGCAUUCCAAUGGCCAGCAACAACACCGCCAGCAUAGCUCAAGCCAGGAAACUGGUAGAACAGCUGAAGAUGGAAGCCAACAUCGAUAGGAUAAAGGUGUCCAAGGCAGCUGCAGACUUGAUGGCCUACUGUGAAGCGCAUGCCAAGGAAGAUCCCCUCCUGACGCCUGUUCCGGCUUCAGAGAACCCAUUUAGGGAGAAGAAGUUUUUCUGUGCUAUCCUUUAAGUCUUCAAGAGGAACCUGAGGAGCCUCGGGGCUCCAGGGACACUGAUGUAGAGUUUUUAGCAAAGUGGGCGCCUUUCUAGUCCACAGCAUUUAAAGAGAGGGAGGAGAACCAUCCUGGAGACUCCAGGCUAUGCAUGUUUAAAGAACUGGUCCCCUUUAUGAGAAUGAGAGCUGAUCCACACCCCGAGUUAAGAGAUCUGAUGUCUGCAGAAUUGCCUGGAGGAGGGGAGUAUGUAAAGAUAAAAUCGGUGUCAUUUCUUUCCUGCUAUCCCUCCCAAACCUUAUGUUUCUGCUUCAUAUUUAAAAAAUAAAACAGACAGCUGUACUGAGCUCAGAUAUGUAUGACCUUUUUGGAAUGAAUAUUGCCUUUAGAAUACCCUUUGAUGAGCUGAGUCGUCCAGUGUAGGCGCGGUUCAGUUUAAUGGCGUUGAUGUUUCGUCUUUGUGCCUUUCUUUUUCUUUUUCCCUUCUCCCCUACCCCUCCUUCCACCCCUCCCCAUUAGAGUAGUAAAGAGAUUUGGGCUAGAUUUGUCUGUAAGACUGAGCUCAAAGGAUGAACACCCAAAGGGUUUAAGGAGAUGUUCCCCGUGGUUUAUCCUCAUGGUAAUAACAACAACAACAAAAAAUGCCGGUUGUCUGUAUUCUUUUAUCACUGUUCCUAACAUUUGUACAUGAUAGCUUUGAUUCUGCAAGUAAAAGUAAAUCAUGUGUUGUGACUGGUGCUUUCAUAUAUUUGUGACAAUUUUUGAGUAAUACUGCAUGAAAAUGUCCCCAUGUUACAUCCAUUCAGUUUUACUAUAAAGUAAAGAAAAAGUUUUACUAUAAAGUUUAGAAAAAGAACGAAAGAGAAAGGAAGCUGGGGAGGAAAAAACUCAGUAUCUUGAAAAUUGAGAUUACUUCAGAGCCUUAGCCAUGCCUAAAAUACCUCCUUAGUUAACAGUGGCGUCAACACCUCUUCAACAUAUUUUCCAGAAUCCAAAGCAUUUUGGUUUGAUCCAGGACCCAGGGCAGCACAGGGAGCGCCAAGCGACAGCGGCAAGGAUUCACCCUGAGUUGGGAAGUGCUUUUAUCGGAGAGUCAGAGCAAAUUCCCUUUUUUCCCUGAAUCACAGAAAUUGUAGAUUGAAAGAAGCCUUUCUGUGCUGUUCUUAACAAGAAAAAACGUGGCCCUUGUUUGUUUAAGUAUCAGGAGAAAUAAACCCACAACUCCAGACCAGACCCACUCUCAGAAUCUGGCUGCUCACGGGCUAGGGAGAAGGGGGCAGCUGCUGCCCCCAGCAGCUCCACCAGAAAGCGUUCUGGCUCUUUUUGCCCCUGAAAUGACCUUUGUUUUUCACCCAGCAAAAUUUUCAAUAGAAUCUUUUCUUUGUUUUUGUUCUCUGCUUUGUUUGUUAGAGUCUUAUUUACAAACUUCCUUGCAGCUUGAGCUCUCUCUUCCCAAGAAAUGAUAUUGAAAGUGAUUUUUCUUUCUGGCUCCAGCCUCCACCAGUAAUGGGAGGUCUGGAAGUCUGUCUCACUUUUUUCUGUGUCAUUCCCAGGCAGGUGUGGGCUCUCUUACAAUUCCUUGUUUGCUUUGAAAUCCUGAAAGACCAUUUCUGAAUUAAUUUUAUUCUCUUUCCAUUCUCUUCCUCCCACUAAAAAAAAAAAGAAAGGAAGGAAAAAAAGAAGAUAAAAAGAUGUAAUAUGCCAAGGACAGAUCUUGAAACAGACUUGAUAAACUUUCUCCUUAGCUCCUUGUAUGGGCAUGAUGGUAAAAGAAUAAAUACAUCCCACUAAAACUCAUGCCUGGGGAGGGGGAAGAGAAUAUUAAGACAUUGUUAAUCGUAUGAAUGCACUCCUAUAACCAGAUAUUUCUGUUCAAACCUUGGGAUUUUGCUACAGUCAGUGGGACACUGAAGAAGAUUUAGAGGAGAAAAACCCUGGCAGAGUAUUUAUUAAACUACAGGAUUGUACCAUUGGCUUAGUAAGACUGUGGAAUCAGCUAAAACCCAACCACAUUUUUAAAAUGUGCGGAAAUACGAAUUGAAUGUGUGGUCACACAAAAACAACUGUGAAUAAAGCACUCUUUGGUGGUGAUUAAGGCGUCAUUAUAAAACCCUGAUGCUUUUCAUAAUCCACACCAUUUACUUUUCUCAGAAGGACUCUAUAUUUUCAUGUAAAGCUAGGUCUUUGGAGAAAUUAAAAUGGAAUUAAAACUUCUAGGAAUACAGCUCUGGUAAUUAAAAGUUAAGGAAGUUCCAAACUGCAUGUGCCCUUGUUUAUCAAAGGAGAAAGAAGGCAGAAAAUACACAGCCCAUCUGAAAUUAAAUUUAAGAAAAAUGUUUAGCUUUUUCAUAACUUCAUGUGCUACAGAAGGGAAUUAUAAUCCCAGAGUUUUUCUAUGAGUUUUGAUUUAUUGGUAUUUUUACUUGUUAAGGGGGAAAUUAUCUUUUGAUUACUUAUGCCUCUAAAGAGUCUUAAUUCUUUUAGAAAUUUAACAAUCAUUUUCACCAGCAUAAUUUUAUCUUAAGGGAUAACUAAUAGGAAAAUUUAGCUUAAUUAUUCAAGGCCCUAAUUUACAUAUAUAAUAUAUUGGGUAGUAAUGAAAAUCUGCCAUGGAAUUCUUUAAACAGUAAUAAUAACGCUCAUAUUUAGAAUGCAAACUCUAUUAAGAAAAAAACCAAUCUUGCCUCAUCCUCAAUAUUAAAUCUGUUUUCUUUUUUUUUUCUUUCCAUUUUAAACCAAGUGCUAUUUAAGUCAGAGCAUGUGAAUAAGUACUUUGAGCUGAGGCUAAUUUUGCUAAUAAUAUUUGAAAGAGAUCGCUCACCAAGGAAAAGUUUUAAACCAUUUCUCCAUGUACUCAUAUUUACAAAAGGAAUUUUGAGAAGCAUGCUGUCUUAAGGGAUUUUUGUACUUUUUUUUUUUAUAUAUAUUUGCUUCUAGCUGCUCCUGGCAAUGGUGAAUUGUUGCGUAUACAUUAAUGUUUUCCCAGCCCUAGAAUUGUUCACAUUUUUCCUAUAUAAGAUCUAUGGAGUGUAUCUUUCAAAGAGAGGGAAAUACAGAAAUGUUAAAGCAGAAAAACCUGAAUGUGAUGUGUACAUUUUCAUCCCCCAUGGACAAUGUAUUUGUUUUAAUAAAUGGAAUUUUCAGAUUCAUUUCA